GGGGUAUUUAACUACCUACUCAUAUCCGUGUAAGUAUUUCACAUAUGCUGACUAAUAUCUCCCUUCUAUUCUCUGCUCUUUCUUAUGACCUAAUGAUGUACAUUAUAUAUGUAUUUCAUGCUCUGCUUAGUACUUUUUCCUUUACACAGUAAAGCGUACUUGAUUGAUCUCCCAAUAUGGAAAAGUGACGAGUUUGUUUUCUAUAUGGUCGAAUUUAGACGUCUUUUUUUUUAUGAAUCGAGAGAUCUUGUUUCAUAGUCAUCGUCAAUCCAUGGUAGAGAGCUUUGAAGACUUUAAUUUUCCUUCCACCUCCCCACCCAAACCUCGAGUUGUUCUCCAGGCGAAACGUCAGACACACAUUCGCAAUUAUAAACUCUAUCAUGGCAACACAUUGUUUUUCUGUGAAGGCAGAUUCUUGACAAGUCGAGCAUGGUGGGCAUUUGCUCUGUCUUUGUUUUUGGUUGUCAUGCCUUCUGUUUUGUUUCUUGUAUUUACAUGUCCAUGGUUAUGGCAUCAUGUAUCACCAGCAGUGCCCAUUGUGUUUGCAUACAUGUUCAUACUCACAUUAGCUGCUAUGCUCAAAACAUCAUGGACAGAUCCUGGUAUUCUACCUCGUCAUUUAGAUAUGCAGCCAUGGCCUCAAGGGGAUGGCUAUGGAUUGCGUUAUUCUUCCAUGUCUGACUACCCAUCACCCAAAGAAGUGAUGAUCAAAGGCAUCCCUGCUCGAUUAAAAUACUGCGAAACAUGUUGCAUCUAUAGACCUCCACGAGCCAGUCAUUGUAGACAAUGCGAUAAUUGUGUAGAGAAUGAAGACCAUCAUUGUAUUUGGCUCAACAACUGUAUUGGCAAGAGAAACUAUACCACUUUCUUUACGUUCAUUGUCUCUGCUACGCUGUUAUGCUGUUAUGCGAUUGCAUUCUCGUUAUCGCAUGUAUUUCGUGUGUUUUCUCAAGACAGUGUAUCCUUUCAACAGUCUUUGUUAAGAACACCGAUGAGUUUCUUUAUUGCUUUGUUUUGUAUCUUGUUACUUGUACCUAUAGGUUGUUUGACAUCGUAUCAUUGUUUUCUUGUGAUGCGAGGUGUUACUACUCAUGAACAGUUGCGUGCCAAUCUGUCUCAAACACCCUUUGAAGGCCAUCCUUUUGAUUUUGGAAAUCCAUUGAAGAAUAUGUAUCAUAUUUUAUGUAGACCACACAAUAAGAGUUAUAUUGCAAGAAGGAAAUUUGCAGAAGAAGUCUAUGAUAUUGAACCUAAUCCACUAUCUCAUCUAUCUACUACAGCUACAUCUAAUAUCCCUUUUACAAGAGAAUAAUAAUAAUACUAAUACUAAUAAUAAAAGGGAGUUUAAAUCCUCUCAUCUUUUU